GGUCCUGCGCCCAGAGUGGUGCAUUGUGGGAAACUCCUGAGCACUCCUCGGUAUCCGCAGCCGCCGCCCGCUGUCAUCCAGCCCGCGAAGCGAAUGCGCAGAGAGAAGCUGGAGGCCCAAAGGAAGACACCCGUAUAAUGCCCAGAGGUGAGCUGUCCUGAGACACUGUGAUCCAGCCACCUGCCAGUCCCACAAACCCCAAACCAGCUGACGUGACGGCACAAAUUCUCAUGGAGUCCCGAGGAAAAUCAGCAAGCAGCCCCAAGCCAGACACCAAGAUGCCUCAGGCCACAGCUGAGGCUAAGGCCACUCCAGCUGCUGAUGGGAAAGCCCCCUUGACCAAGCCUGUGAAGAAGGACGCCCAAACAGAGAAGCAGGAGCAACCAGCAGCCUCUGGGCCAGCUACUACCAAGAAGACACCGGCCAAGGCAGACCCUGUACUUCUCAACAAUCACAGCAACCUGAAGCCAGCCCCUGCAGUACCUGCAGCUCCCAGCAGUCCUGAUGCAACCUCAGAGCCAAAGGGUCCUGGGGAUGGGGCAGAGGAGGAAGAGUCUAACACUGGAGGCCGAGGUCCCUGGCCUUGUGAGAACUUGACCCCUUUGCUAGUGGCUGGGGGUGUGGCCGUGGCCACCAUGGCCCUAGUUCUUGGUGUGGUCUUCCUAGCCCGGAAAAAAUGAUGCCUGGUGUCCAGGUGGGGGCACAGAACCACUUUCUGUACAGACCUGAAUAUAUAGUGCAUGCAAGGUCCUAGAUACUUAUCUAUACAUACACACAAAUAUCUCUCUCUCUCUCUCUCUCUCUCUCUCUC